AUGCGGUCUCUACUUUCCAAUGUUGUCUUUUCGUCCACCCUGGCCGUGUCUCUAUCUGGACUCGGCGCUACAGCGGCGCCUUCUACUGGAAGUAACUACACGGCGGCUGACAUUCCCCGUCUUGUUGAUCAAAAGUUAUCUCAGAUGACUUUUCUUGAAAAGCUGGCACAAACAAGAAACUACGGUGGAAUUCUUUGGUCUGACCUUAACUAUGACCGAACGGGUUUUGAAGAGUUCAAUUUGGGCAAUGGGGGUGGCUCAAUCUCCUUUGGAGAUCGAUCAAUCCCAGCCUACCGGGCCACAGAAAUCCUCAGUGGCUUGAUCGAGGGGCUCCUCGAUGAUAAGAAGCACGGCAGGCUUGGGAUCCCCGUCAUCAAUGUCGCAGACUCGGUGAACGGCAUCACCUUGGCUAAUGGCACUUUAUUCCCGGCCUCAAUCAGCAUGGGACAAUCUUGGAAUAUCGAGCUGUUCUCUGAAGUCGUCAAUGUGAUUUCCGUCGAGAAUCGCGCUAUUGGCAUCCACUGGGUCCUCAGCCCAGAACUUGAUCUCGCACGCGAGCCCAGGUACGGCAGGGUGGGGGAAAUGUACGGAGAAGAUUCGUACCACGUUGGCCAAUAUGGCAUCGCAUACGUGGACCACAUGCAAUCCGCUGACAAGAACGGCUUUGUCCGCGUCGCAACUUGCAUCAAGCAUUGGAUCUAUGGUAGUGGCCUCGGUGGUAUCAAUGAGGCACCCAUUCCUGGCGGUCUGAAUGACUUCUGGAAUGUUUACAUUACACCAUACUUGGCCGUCCUCGAAAACUCGAAGCCCUUGAGCCUCAUGCCAUCCUACUCCUCCUACGACCACGUUCCAAUGCAUUCCAAUGUCGAACUCACCCGGGACGUCAUUCGAGACACUCUCGGGUUUGAUGGCGUCAUCAUUUCCGACUGGGCUGGCAUUACCCAGCUCCACACGACCCAGCUUACGGCCGUGGACAUGGAAGUUGCUGGCAUGAAGGCAAUCAAUAUCACCAUUGACCAUGAGAUCGGGCCGCCUGCGCUCUCUGGGAUGGAAGCUCUUACCGAAAUGUCUUCGAACGAUGAUCUUGUCAACAAAGUUACCGAAGCAGCUCGCCGGAUGCUGUAUUUGAAGUACAUCACACGAACUUUCGAGGAACCUACCCCGGAUCUAUCUAAGAUCAACUCGACGCUUCGGAAGAAAGAUCAUAUGAACACCAAUCUCAAGAUGACAAGAGAAUCCAUGGUUCUUCUAAAGAAUGAUGGUAUCCUACCCUUGUCCAAGGAUGCCUUGACGAAGGUCGCCGUCAUCGGCCCAAUGGGUGAUGUCAUAAACCCUGGCCACUAUGCCGGCAGCGACUACAAGUUUGGUUCGACGAUUCUGGAUGGCGUUCGCAAAAUCUCCGAAGACGUGACCUUUUCUAUGGGUUGCUUCAGAACCAACUAUACCAACUUCGAAAAGAUGAAGGCCGAGGCUGUGACGGCCGCCAAGGAAGCAAAAGUCGCCAUUCUCACGCUAGGUGCUGCGUCCGUCAACCUUGAUUCAAAUAAGUACGACCGCACCGAUGGCGAAGGCUAUGACCAUGCAGAUCUGGACUUCCCAGGGCCCCAAGUUGACCUCCUCGAAGCCAUUGUAGAGACUGGAACUCCCGUGGUUGUAAUCGCCAGUGGAGGACAGGUCUUUACCAUGGAAUAUGCAGCGGAAAAUGCGGGAGCCAUCAUUCACCUCUUCCUGCAAGGCGAGCUUGGAGGCGAUGUCGUUGCCGAGAUCUUGUCGGGUGAGACCAAUCCAAGCGGCAAGCUGAGCGUUUCUAUUCCUCGAUUAUCUUCAGCUGUGCCUGUGUACUACAACUACUUGCCCAUGGAGCGCAAGGUUCCUGCACAGAUGGAUUUCGACUGGCAAUUCCCCCUGAUUAACCGAACUGCCCGCUAUCCCUUUGGCUUCGGCUUGAGCUAUACCACGUUCUCCAUCUCCGACGUCAAUGUCUCAGAAGACGUGGCUGUUGACGGGGAGAUCACUGUCAGCGCUGUCUUGAAGAAUACUGGUGACCGGACGGGCAAGGAAGUCGUCCAGGUAUACUUCAGCCAAGCCUAUCCCGCCAUUGAGAGGCCUAUCAAGAAUCUAAUUCGAUUCUCCAAGGUGGAGCUGAAGAGCGGUGCAUCUAAGACCGUCUCAUUCAAGAUUCCUGUCUCAGAGCUUGGGUACUACGUCAACGGUCAAAGGAGGGUUGACGCAGACACCUAUACGUUCUUUGUGGGGUCCAGCUCUGACGACGCUGAUCUAACUACAGCUGCGGUGACCGUAAAAUAG